GCCGAAUUGUGAUGUCACAUUCAACGAGAGUUCUUUGACUAAAUCAUGUGUACAUAUAGUUUUUCUGUUAAAAAUAUUUUUGUUGUGUAGUUGUCUGGUCAGUAGAUCGCCUUAAUGUAAAGUGACCUUUGCUGUGAUGCCUCUAACAAUGUCUCAAAUCAGUGAUCCAAAGAUUGCUUUUGCCUAUCUGCGCCCAAACUGUGUCCUCCUGACCCGAGAGCCCUCUGUCAGCAAUGUUAAGACUCUUGGCAGCCAGUUAAAAGAAGUCAAUGAUGCAACAUUGCAGCAGCUCCAAGAGUAUGUCCUUUUCCCUCUUCGCUUUGUCCUUAAAGUCCCUGGUCCCAAGAAGGACAAACUGGUGCAGGCUGUGGCUGAGACCAUGAGCCACAUCCUGGAGAACACUUGUGUCCAGAGCUGGGACACACUCCACGGCCUUUUCUCAGAGCUCUGCCUCUGCCUCUGCUCUCCAACUGACCCUGGUAAACCUGCCGAUACGUCAGAGGAGCUGAAGUUGGCUGUGCUGCAGUGCCUGGACGCCCUGCUUCAUGCUGCUUAUGGUGACAUAGUCUUCAAACUCUUUGAACCGAUCAUGCUGCCUGGACUGGGCGCAGCGGUUUCACUGCUGCUGGCUUUAGGUGAGAAGGAGAAAUCUCGAGAUAUUCAGGCAGCAGCACUUAAGUGUCUCCAGGCUUUAACUCUGCAGUGUGACUGCACUCAGGAGCAUGUAGUCCCAUCCUCAGAGGAGCAACAUGCUAUAGGCAGCGCCAUGGCUUCAUUCUUACCUGGAAUCUCCAUGGCUGUAACCAGGAUUAUUACAGGAGAUCUGAGACAAGGCCAUGCAGUCACAGUCAGGGCCAUUAAGUUUUGGUCAAGUGCUGUGCGGCUUGUGUUGGAAGAUGUCCAGCUUCAGGCCAGUCAGCCCCUGAAGACUCCCUCAUCAGACCUGGGCAGAAUUGCACAGCUGAUGGUCCCACGAACACAAGACUGGGUUAAAAGCACAGUGGGGAAACUUUCUGUGCUGCUCAAGAAAAUCAUCUCAUGCACCUCAGCCCAUAGGCACUGGAGGGUUCGGCUGGAGCUGGUGGAGCUGGCUGACCACCUGCUGGCCAGGUGUAGUCACUCACUGGGAGAGUGUGUGGGGCUGCUCUUGGAGGCACUGGUGGGAGCAGUCAAUGAUGAGGAGCCCAGAGUCAGAGAGAGAUGUGAGGUUUCCCUCAGGGACGUAUCGCAGAGGAAUCAAAGCAGCCUCAAUAGUAGCAGCGGGGAUAUGACCAGCUCUACUCACACCUUCACUGACGUGCUCUCAGAGAAUCUCCACUCUUUGGCCACCUCCCUUCCCAGACUGAUGAGGACCUCUGAUGACCAGAAGAAACUUUUUGUCCUCAAUGUGUUCCUGGGUUAUUUAAAGGUCCUGGGGCCACUCGUCUGUGUGGUGCUAAACUCAGCUGCACAUCUGGAGAGGAUUUCUAAAGCUUUGAUGCAGGUGCUGGAACUGGAUGUGAUGGAUGUUUCCAUCGUCGAAGAAAGGAGCCACAGCUCUUCCAUAGAAACGAGUUCCAGUGCCCCUGAUUAUUACACUGCUCACAUACAGAGGAAGCAUUUUCUCUACUUCACUGAUGAGAAGAUUUUAUCUGUGCUCAUGGAGAUCUGCCGGACGUUAGGUUUCUAUGGCAACAUUUACCUACUGACUGAUCACUUUCUGGAUCUGUACCGCCAGUCUUCAUCAUACAGGAAGCAGGCUGCCAUGGUGCUGAAUGAGAUCGUCAGGGGUGCCGCAGGCAUCGGCGUGGCAACAGAGAGUCAGGGUUUGCGGGGUGAGGGAGAUGGAUGCUCUGCCACCUUAAAGGAAGACCUUGAAGCUGCAGUGGUGUCUGUCGUGGAAGAAUACAUCAGUCUGAACAACUGGCACCUGAUUACUGUCAGUGAAGAGACAGAUAGAGACCGACAGGAUCAACAGUUGCUCAGCCCACCCAGACUCCUCUCCAUUUCCAACAAUGACAUCAGUAAAAUCAAUGUAAACUCUCUCCAAGUGAUUCCCUCCUCGUUUGGCUCCUCAUCUCCUUCAUCUUCGACCCCCACAGUCCACCAGCUCAACAGCAACAUCUGGCAACUGUGUAUCCAGCUCGAGGGCAUCGGCUGCUUUUCUCAGGCUCUGGGUCGUGACUUUCGGCCCCUGUUGAUGACAUCGCUGUACCCUGUCUUGGAGAAAGCAGGGGAGGAGACACUACUGGUCAGCCAGGCAGCGCUGGGCUCCAUGUGGGACAUCAGCAAAGCCUGCGGCUACCCCUCACUGAAGGAGCUGAUCAAUGAAAACUCAGACUAUCUGCUCAGUGACAUCUCCCUCAACCUGCAGAGGCUCAAUCAGCAUCCACAGGCUCCACGCGUGCUGACAGUGAUGUUGACUCACUCUGACUGCAGUCUGCUUCCGCUGGUCGGGGACAUCGUUCAGGAUGUGCUGAUGGCUCUGGAUCUCAGCUACGACCACACAGCUGCCCUCUUCUGCUCUGUGCUACACGCGCUGAUGAGGGCACUGGCAAGGUGGUUUCCCUCCAGUUGUACCAGGACAAAUGAGUCUGCCACAUCCAAGCAAACCUCAACUGACCAGGAAGUCCUUGACAUCCGUCAGUUCCUGCUGGAUUACUGUAAACAGAGAAAGCUGGCAGAGGGCAUUGGAAUAGAAGAGGACAACACUGAGGAUCUUGAGGUCCCUCCUCCUGUGGAGUGCGAGGACAGUGGAGAUAUGGAGGCUCCUGAUGUGAAAGCAGAGCUUCCCUCUCACCUGAGGAUCAGUAAAGACGUGAUGGAGCGCUGCAUUCAUCUGCUAUCUGAUCCCAGCCUCAGACUGCGUCUCAAGGUGUUGGAUGUGCUGGAGCUGUGUGUGUGUGUGCUGAGUGAAAAGGGGGAUGAACUGCUGCCUAUGGCUCAUCGCUGCUGGCCUGCCCUCCUACAGAGACUGACAGCUGAUGACCCUUUAGCGGUCCUCAGAGCUUUCAGGAUGCUGUGCACCCUGGGUGAGACGUGUGGUGACUUCCUGAGGAGAAGGGUUUCUAAGGAGGUUCUUCCAAGAUUGAGCUCCUCACUGAUUCGACAGGCUCCUAUUAGUGCUAAGGCUGGACCCAUCUACCUGCACACGGUGGCCUACAAACUGCAAUUGGCUGUGUUGCAGGGACUGGGUUCACUGUGCCAGAGGCUGGAUCUGGGUGAAGCAGAUCUGGAUGCUGUUUGUGAGGCCUGUCUGCCCUACCUGAGCUGCAGACAACCCAGCCCACUGCAGGAGGCUUGUCUAAGCGUUUUCCGACACUUAAUCCAGGUGGAUGCGGACACUUUCUGGUUCACUCUAAAUGAGCUGCAUUGUCCAUUUUCCUACACGCCGCCACACCCUGACCUCCAGCCUGUGCAGCUGAGCGGGAUGGACAGACCGAGAGACGAGUACUCGGAUAACGUGCUGAAACUACUGAGGGAGGAGUUUGACUCGGUUUCUGUGACAGUCGACCAGAAAAUCAGCUAAUGAGCUGGUGAUCGAUGGUGAUUGACAGCUUUUUGAACCAUUCACUCAAACAAGUCAGUUAACGGAAUAAAUAUCUGACAACCGUGCAGAAGGAAGCAGCCGUUAGAUGAGGCUGUGAUAACGUCUGUGGUGUACAUGGCUCUGAUAAGCAGCGGGGUGAAAAAGGGAAAAUGUCAAUGAAGCAUCUCUGCUGCUGUUCACACUCCUGCUGCAGGUGUUGAAACCAGGAACACUUCUGACAGCUCUGCUGUAUUAGGAGACUUUGGCAGUUCCUCUGUUUUUCAUUUCCCGUCAAGGCAGUGACAUGUACUGUAAAUGCAAUAUUUCUUCUCAUGUUAUUUCUGGACUUCCUAAAAAUAAAUCCAUAUUCUCAAUAAAUCUUAUUUUCUAUU